AUGCCUGUGCUCAACGAGGAUGGCGCCGCCGACGACGAUUCCGACAGGCAACGGUGCUCGUGCCUGCCGUUCUGCUGCCUCUGGGGCGCCUCCGGGUCCGGGAGUCGUCCCAAGAAGUCCAGCGCCGCGCAGGCGAAGAGGAGGCGGCGCCGCAGGCUCAGGUUCAGGCUCAGGCUGCCGUGGCUGGCGUGGCCGUGGCUUCGGAGGAGCGGCAAGGGGGACGCGGGCGGCGGCGACGACAGCAGCGAGAAGCAGGCGAAGAGGCGGAGGAGGGGCGGGAGGCGGCUGCUGCUGCUGCUCACGACCUCGCUGCAGCCCAAGAAGGCGCUCGCGUCCGUCGUCUCCGGGGACAGCAGCGCCCUGCUGCCAGUGCCAGUGCCGGCCAAGGUGAGCAGUUACGGCGACGCCAAGAAGCAAAGCAACCGCAGGCCACGACGGCCAACGGUAGACGACGACGCGGCAAGCGGCAGCCGACAACCGCAAGCCUCGAGCACUGCUGCGACUGCGAGCAGCACCGGAUGGACCACAGCGCCGCAUGCCCGUUCUCGGCCGCCGGAGACGACGAGCCAGGCGCCGAGCCCUGGACCAAGCGACGGGCCCGCUGGCGCCGGCCGCACCUGGCGAGCGCCGUCGAGGCGCCACUCGCUUCGUCAGCCCGGCGACUGCUCCAGCAGCGGCGGCCUGUGGACGGCGGCAACGACGCUGGGCGUGAUCGUGCUCCUCGGCCGCGUCGCCGCCGUUGUCUUCCUAUGCUCGUGCCUGUACGGCGCGCGCUUCGUCCGGGCCUGGGCUGCCGGCGGCGCCAGUGCCAGCGCCAAGGACCAGCUGAGUAGCGGCGGCGUCGAUGGCGUUAGUAGCAGUAGCCGGCGCUUCGGUGACCCCGUGGGGGUGGCCACGCAGGAGGAGUGCAAGAAGAAGGUGGUCAUGGCAGGUUUGCUCGACAGGGCCGGCAAGACACCAUCGUCGCGCUUUGGUAGGUGA